AUGUGGAAACACUCUUUAUGGAAAUUCCUUUUGAAUGAAGGUUACGAGAUCAUCGAAUGGGCGAAAUGCGGAGACGGUUAUCUAUCGACGGUACCCACGCUGCUGUGGACGUUUGGCGCCUCGGCAUUUGCGCAUCGUCUGAUCACCUGCAUGUUUCGCCGGUUUGUGUUUAGAAGAGUGACGCUAUGGGAACGGAUUGUUCAAAACCUCCUGUUCAUCUGGAUGGUGAUGUACAGCCUCCAGUUCUGGAACGUCUUAGUGAGCCUUGUAAAGGACUUAGUCGAGUACUACGACGAUGGCGCCACGAUAUUGAACGACGAGAACUUGACUCGCCAAAUUUCAAUGCAACAGUGGUUAAUCUGGCUGUGCGGGGCUGCACCUAUGGCGAUAUACAUAUACACAAAGCCGCGACCUUCCUCGCCGCCCAUUAUGAUAUGGAUUACAACUAGUCCAUGGCAGCGGCGAGAAAUGGGGCCAUAUGGAUACUAUCUCAAUCGACCAUUCUCGACUAUACAAUCCUUCGUCAAUUUAUCUUUACGUGAGCGAGCUUUGACCUUAAGGCGUACAUUUAGCGACUCUAAAAUUAUUAUUAAAGAACCACCGAAGAAAAGAAGACAUUCAAAAUCCAUUUAA